AAUCUAGUGCAUGCCUUCUUAAACAUCACGAGACUCUAAGAAAAGGAAACUGAAAACGGGAAAGUCCCUCUCUCUAACCUGGCUCUGCGUUGCUGGCUUGGAGACGGGUGACGGUCCCCGCGGGCCUUGUCUGAUUGGCUGUGCAAGCGUGGAAUAUAAGUGGAGGCGUCGCGCCCCCGCGGGCAUUCCUGAAGCGGACGGCGGGCAUUGCUGAAGCGGACAGCAUUCGGGCCAAGAUGUCUCGCUCCGUGGCCUUAGCUGUGCUCGCGCUACUCUCUCUUUCUGGCCUGGAGGCUAUCCAGCGUACUCCAAAGAUUCAGGUUUACACACGUCAUCCAGCAGAGAAUGGAAAGUCAAAUUUCCUGAAUUGCUAUGUGUCUGGGUUUCAUCCAUCUGACAUUGAAGUUGACUUACUGAAGAAUGGAGUGAAAAUUGAAAAAGUGGAGCAUUCAGACUUGUCUUUCAGCAAGGACUGGUCUUUCUAUCUCUUGUACUACACUGAAUUCACCCCCACUGAAAAAGAUGAGUAUGCCUGCCGUGUGAACCAUGUGACUUUGUCACAGCCCAAGACAGUUAAGUGGGAUCGAGACAUGUAAGCAGCAUCAUGGAGGUUUGAAGAUGCCGCAUUUGGAUUGGAUGAAUUCCAAAUUCUGCUUGCUUGCUUUUUAAUAUUGAUAUGCUUAUACACUUACACUUUAUGCACAAAAUGUAGGGUUAUAAUAAUGUUAACACGGACGUGAUCUUCUUUAUAAUUCUACUUUGAGUGCUGUCCCCAUGUUUGAUGUAUCUGGGCAGGUUGCUCCACAGGUAGCUCUAGGAGGGCUGGCAACUUAGAGGUGGGGAGCAGAGAAUUCUCUUAUCCAGCAUCAACAUCUUAGUCAGAUCUGAACUUUUCAAUCUCUUGCACUCAAAGCUUGAUAAGAUGGUUAUGUGUGCAUAAGUUAACUUCCAAUUUACAUACUCUGCUUAGAAUUUGGGGGGAAAAUUUAGAAAUAUAAUUGACAGGAUUAUUGGAAAUUUGUUAAAAUGAAUGAAACAUUUUGUCAUAUAAGAUUCAUAUUUACUUCUUAUACAUUUGAUAAAGUAAGGCAUGGUUGUGGUUAAUCUGGUUUAUUUUUGUUCCACAAGUUAAAUAAAUCGUAAAACUUGA